AUGACUAUUGUCAUUGAGAGACAGAAACAGAGUAUGACCGAAAGGAGGAAACCUCAUCCAUAUCUCCAAGGAAACUUCGCACCGAUUCAUCGAGUACUACCUCUCACGUCUUGUCCCUACGAUGGCGAGAUCCCAAAAGAGCUUGCUGGCGGCGAGUAUGUGAGGAAUGGAGGAAAUCCAGUGUCGAAUGAGGAUCUUGGACGAGAUGCGCAUUGGUUUGACGGCGAUGGAAUGUUGAGUGGUGUGGCAUUUCGACGAAAGUUAGAUGGAUCGAUCGAGCCUCAAUUCGUGAACCAGUAUAUCCUCACGGACGCCUACCUGUCAACUGUCACAACGCCCUCUUUACGAUUACCUGUUCUACCAAGCAUUGCAACACUUGUGAACCCGGCAUCUUCACUGGUGAAGAUCAUCAUACGCAUCUUUCGAACGAUCUUCCUCGUCAUCAUUUCACAUCUUCCAGGUUCGCAGUACGCAAUCAAGAAGAUCAGCGUCGCCAAUACUGGAAUUUUGUAUCACGAUGGAAGGGCAUUGGCGACCUGCGAAAGUGGUCCACCGAUCAGAGUCAGUCUGCCAGGCCUAGAGACGAUUGGAUGGUUCGAUGGAAGAAGGGCAGAAGGAGAGACCAUUUCAGAGCAUAUUGAAGGGGAAGGGUUUGGUGGAGAUGGACUGAUGAGUUUCAUGAAGGAAUGGACCACAGCUCAUCCUCGAGUCGACCCAAUUACGAAGGAUCUAAUACUUUUCCAUUCGACUUUUUUCGCACCAUUUGUUAAUUAUUCGAUUAUACCCAGUACGCAAAACUCAUCUGUUCCACGACCUCGCCUGAUUAAUGCUGCUCUUCCGGGCGUCAAGUCUCCUAAGAUGAUGCAUGAUUUCGGAGUUUCUUUUUCACAUACUGUCAUAAUGGAUCUGCCUUUGUCGCUGGACCCAAGGAAUCUUGCACGGAACUUACCCGUUGUUAAUUAUGACCCGAAUGGCCGGUCCAGAUUCGGUGUGCUUCCAAGGUGGAAACCAGAGGAUGUCAGAUGGUUCGAGACAAAUCCUUGUUGCAUAUUUCAUACUGCGAAUACUUGGGAUGAGAUGGUUCUCAAUCCUUUCACAAAGAAGCAUGAGGUUGCAGCAGUAAACAUGCUGGCAUGUCGUUUGACCAGUUCAUCCUUAGUGUUUAGUGCUGGAGACAUUGCAGCUCCAGUACCUUUACCAACAUCCAAACUUCUCUAUCCACAAGAAGAAGACCAAUGUCGACUAUACUACUACCGAUUCUCCCUGCUUCCCGGCUCAAACACCAUCACCCACCAAUUCUCCCUCUCCUCCAUCCCAUUCGAAUUUCCAUCCAUCCGAGACGACGUCUCCAUGGGCAAAGCCCGCUACAUCUACGGCUGUUCCGUCUCCGACAGCUCAUUCGGCGCCGCCCUCGGUCGAGCCGUCAAAAUCGACUCCCUAGUAAAAAUCGACUCCCUGGCUCUCAUCGCCAAAGCCACACUCGAUCCACCAACUCCCAUAGUAGGAUGCGUCGACACCCGCGGCGUCCCUGAAAUCCUAGCCUCAUCCGACCCCAACGACCCGAUCAAGAUCUUCAAACUCCCGCCCGGAAUUUACGCGCAGGAAUCACAGUUCGUGGCGCGCGAGAACGGGGAAUCAGAGGAUGAUGGAUGGAUUCUCGCGUAUGUGUUUGAUGAAUCACAGUUAGAUGCAUACGGCGAAGCGACUUCGGCCUCGAAGAGCGAGUUGUGGGUUAUCGAUGCGAGGGAGAUGAGGGAGGUAGCUUGUAAAGUUAAAUUACCGCAGCGUGUGCCGUAUGGGUUGCAUGGGAAUUGGUUUUCGGAAAAGGAGAUUUUGGGACAGCGGGGUGUGGAGAGUGUGAGGAGUUUGCCUGUUGCGAAGGGGAAGGUGAUGGAGGAGAAGGAGGAGGGGAGUGUGUGGUGGGAUGCGUGGAUGGGGAUGAGGAGGUGGGCGCUUGAUGUUGUUGGGUAG